UGUAUUUAUUACAGCAUGAAAAAAGUAGUAAUGUUUAUAUCGUAUCUAUGCAUAACAGUGAUAUUGAGUUUUAUAAAUCAUCUUAAGAUGUAUAGAUCGAUAUUCUACAGAUAUUUCAUUCAAUUUAGAAAACGGAUGGAAUAGCAUUAGACUCGUAAAGAUGAACGUUGCAUUAGUUGUUGCUAACGUGUUAGAGUUAUUGGCCUUGCUACUACAGAUACUCUGUGUUGGUCUGCCGUAUUGGUAUGGCAAGUCGCCGCUGUAUUACGGAUUGUUUGAAACAUGUGCAAGUGUAAACGGAGAUAACUAUGUAUGUCGUUCAUACGCCGCUGGAGGUUCUGCACAGCCCGAGUGGUUGGGGGCCACAGCUGGCUUGGAGGUGAUAGUUCUUGCACUCGUUUUCUUCGCCCUGGUUGCCGGAAGUUGUGCCAUGUGCUGCAUGGUUUAUGACGCUGUUUUAUACGUCAUCGCAGCCAUUCUUGCGUUGUUUGCAGCAUUGACUGGUACAGUUGCACUUAUUGUAUUUGGCGCCAAAUUUGGGGAUGACAAUGCUUGGGAUGGAUCGCACCUGCACGCGAGCUUCUAUAUUGCCAUUUUUGCAACGCUUUUUACCCUCAUAGCCGGGAUUGUGUACAUUGUAGCCAAGCCUAAGUCAGCUGUCAAGUCCUUUGAACAGUUUGACGACUAAAUGUGAUAAAGAACAGAUCGUUGGAGAUUGUAACAUACAGCUUAGAAUGUGGUUUUCGUAGAACUUGAUUAUUUGCCAGUAAUAUAUUGACUAUUUAAAUGUGCUUAAAUACAUUUACCAAACUUCAUAAAUAUUCACUUAUGUAUAUAUAUGUCAUGUUUGGUGUACAUUUUUAUGAGUGUUACACAUAUGAGAACAUAGAAUACAAAAGUAUGCACACAUAUGUGUAUGCAGAGUACACAAUAUGUAUGUUUACGGAAAUACUCGUCAAGCAGAGUUGCAUUGAAAACGUGAGAGAGAAAGAAUGCAUACGAAAAUCUGCUAUUGAAACUACAUGUAAUCAAUUACAGUUUUUACUGUAUAUGCUUGAAUUUCAAUCAUCAUAAUAAACAAGGAAAAUAUU